UGUGUCAAUCCUCAAACGUGUUUCUGAAACAGCCUCAAAGAAAACAAGAGUACUUCCUGUUUUUUAUUUCUUCUCUAUUGCCAGAAAGCUCUACAGAAUAAUAUACAUCUUUGGAAUCUCCCUUGAUCAUCGUCUUCUUCUCCGAGUAUUGUCAGCACUCUUGAGAAUAGUAGCCUUAGGGUUUUAAGCUAAAAAAUUGAAGGAAAUGACCAAAGGUUCUACCCUAUUCUUUCUUCUCUUUGCCUUCCUCUUCUCCUCAAGGCCACAAGCCAAACCAGAUGUUCCCCGACCUGAGCAGUUCAGAUAUUUCAAGAUCAACAUGAUUAAUACCCAGAAUGCAGGGAGCUGUUCUUACACGGUAUCUAUAAAGACAAGCUGCUCGUCAACCACAUAUACAAGGGAUCAAAUUAGUCUUGCAUUUGGUGAUGCUUAUGGAAAUCAGGUUUAUGUACAAAGGCUUGACGAUCCAUCCACCAAAACGUUUGAGCGGUGCUCUACAGAUACUUUUGAGGUACUGGGACCAUGCGCACACCAGAUCUGCUAUGUCUACCUUUACAGGAGUGGAAUCGAUGGCUGGAAACCAGAGACUGUGACAAUCUAUGGCUAUUACACCAAGUCUGUCACGUUCUAUUACAACACUUUUAUUCCUAAUGGUGUUUGGUUCGGCUUCAAUCGUUGCAGUGCAGCUUCGGCCUCCACCUAAUUAAACAAUGUAAAAUGGGAUAAAUACACCUUGUCUGUCGAGUUAU